UUGCUCUGAUUUUGCUCCAAAUUUCAACCCAAGACGGCGCACGUAACAGUAAAGAGCAAUUGGGCUAUCGAAACCGCUGUUUCCUCUCAAAUCAGUGCGCAAAUUACAAGUUGGAUUUAUGACAUGAACCUGCGAGGAUUUAUGCGACUAACAAACUCCGAUUCGUUUAUUUGACGUCUGGAUCAUUUAAGAUGGACUUCACUGGGACAUCUAUAUUGAAGUUCAUGGAUUUUCAGUCGAUGUUAGAGGGAGAUUAGGCUGACACGUGCGCUGUAUCUUCAUCAGGCUAUGAUUCUGGGAUUGUCUGGAAUGGCAAGGAUACUACCCAUCCUCGCGAGAUUCAUUCUCUUGGAAAUACUUGCAUUGAUUUUCUUUCAAGGUGUUUUGACAUCCUAUGCCAACCCCGGAGCUUUCCCAUUCUCCGGCAAAGUGUCUGACUCCGGAGGACCAGCGGGCUCACACCUGGCUGAAGCAGCUACAGGAGCAAAGUCCAGACCCAAGCGCUGCACUUGUUAUUCCUACAAGGAUAAAGAGUGCGUCUACUACUGCCACUUGGAUAUCAUCUGGAUCAACACUCCCGAGCGCACUGUUCCAUAUGGAAUGUCGAGCUACAGAGGACAACAACGAAUCAGACGUGAUGUUGGAGGAAAAGCAGCUGAACACAAGGGGGCAAAGUCUCAGCGCUGCAUUUGUAUUUCGCCUGACUCAGACCCUCAGUGCAAUGAUUUUUGUCUGUCGAGCUCCCUUCAGAGAGUGCAAAUCAAGAGUCUUCACAGAGUCCCUGGUCCUGGAUGACAAGUCUGCCCUCUAUGUUUAGCUGUUUUCCUUGCGGGGAAUGGAUCCUUCCCUCCACUUUGGGCCCUUCACACUCUGUUUGGCACUCUUGCCUCUGUCGGCAUGUUCACAUUUAAGGAAAGAGUUUGGGAGUUGUGCUAUUCCUCAGCAUCAUAACAUUUGGAGCAAGUUACAUCAGGCUGAAUGAUUUCAAGAACUCUUGAGUGAAAUUGAUGCAGAUCCUCAGAGAUGAUCCGCCUUUUGUUUUCCCCACAGAGAACAGCAUGAGGAUAACUGUUGAGAUAAAAUAUUAACCAUUGACCUUGCUUCUGUCAAGACUGAUCAGACAAACCCUUCAUCUACAUCUGGUAACAGUGUUGUGGACUACAUCUGGCUCCCUUUUUAAAAAAAACAAGAUCAGCGUAUAUCAAUCUAUAGGGGACAACAAAGACAUUUCAAAAGUUGGAAACCAUACAUUUCCAAUCAGAGCCAUGAUGGAUGGAAAUAGUAGAACAUUGACUUUUUAAACACAUAAGGACAUAAGAUAACAGGAAAAGCUUUUAACCACCUGUGCUGUGGGGGCAUAUUACUGAGCUAUGGUUUAUGAGCCCAUAUGGUCAGUCUGGAAGACAUAAAUAACCUGACAGUUUGCAUACUUUCUUUUUAUUUCAGAAAUGCUAUAUCCUUUGUGCUCUUUGUAACUACCUUAAGUAGUAAUAUAUUCAUUGUUCUCUUAAAUCAACACCACUGGCUAAAAUCUGUUCUCAACCAUUCAUUUUGUGUCUAACCUAAAAUAAUCCAAAAACUGAUUGUUCCCCUGGGAAAAAUCAUAUUGUUAAACUGUCUUUUUUUUCUUCUUCUGCUUGACGCGGUAGAUUACUGAUAUUAUAACAAGUAAUUUUUUAAUUCUUGAAAAAUCUCAAGAAAUUACCAAAAAAUGUAAAUGAGUUGGUUGUAUUUGCAAGUAUUGCCUGUUUAGUCACGGCUUUACGAAGUAAGUUAGUUUUUGUAUAAGAUGAAACUAAAGUUUGUGUGACAAUAGAAAUGACUGGUGGAGGAAUGCCAUAUAAUUAGGGACAUUAAUAGUUUUAAGAGACAACCAGUAAGUUUUGGUCUUGUUGGAGGAUUUUUUCACUCUAUGAAUGCCGGUUUUAUCUUUAAAGUAAAUAGCUUGACAGAGAGUUAUGGUCUUGCAAAUCUCAUUAUCCUGGUCAGUAUAUUGGGUUCAAGAAUACAAUUUAAAGUAGUUUGCCCGAGGUGUAAAAUUACUGUGGUUAAAGCAUGUCAAAUUCCAUAAAGCUACACUACAAAUAGAGUUUAAUUGAUAAAAUAGCUUGCUGCAAUCACACAAUUACAUAACAGUUUUGUGAUUGUGUUACUUGCUUCUGGGGCCAUUCCUGCAUUACCACUGAACAGUGUUUGAAUCAUUUGAGUUUUUAUUGGCCUCCACUUAUCUGUCUCACUAUCCACUUUGUCAAAAAGCUCUUCUGACUGCCACUGAACAAACAAUAUUUAUAUUAAAAUGUUGGCACCUUACAUAAUAUUUCACCAUUGAUUGCAAAAUGGUUCUCCUGUCAAGAUAACAUCUAAAACAGAUUGCUUUUCAGUUGUUUUGUUUUUUGUUUGGCAGUAUUGUGUCUCACAAACUGUCGGUUUGGGGUUCCAAGUGGUGACCACUUGUACGUUUUCCCUUCACCAUUUUCCAAUGGUGGGCAUUUUCCUUUGAUAUAACUGUGAGGGAGGCCCAAAUGGUGGUAUGACGCCAUAAUGCGGUCUCUUUAGAAACAGCAAAGGGAUCUAAAGGAAUCUGGCAAUCAUUAUCAUUUCAUCAUUCCCUGGUUGAUAAGCAACUGAAAAGACAAUAGACUGAGGCUCAACAGGCCAUUUCCCAUUUUUCUGCUAAAACAAGAGAUUUUCUAACCCAUGUCCUCCCAAUGCAGCUAAAACCAAUUUUACUAUUAGAUAGAAAGUGGCUGAAUGCCAACAUUACCAAUUAAAAGUGCUGUAUAACAUGAUUGGAAAAGUGUAGAUAUCAAGCUAACGCUAAUAUUGGUAAGAAAGUGCUUGCUGACAUAAGCUAUUUCUCUGGUAGCUCAGAGGUGAUGUUUCAACAAAAAUAGAUAAAUAAGUUUACGUAUUUUUCUAGUUUACUGUACAGCACUUUAAAAAGAAAAUUUAGGAAUUAAACCACUUCCCAGCUAACACUAUUAUACUGUAAGUAUGAAAAGGUUAAUAGUGAAAAGUAAAAUUAUGGCUGCAAUCCUAGACAUACAUAAGGAGGUGGUUGAACGCUAAUAACCUUAACCUUGGUGUAUAUUUUCACACUUUAAGUCUGCCUUCCCUCUGGUAUUAUAGAAACUUUUAAAAAGGGAAUGUUAGCAUUAUGGCACUUCCUAGCAAACGGUUUACUAAUGUGUCGUCAUUUGUGUAGUUCUAACUCAAAAUUUGGGUUAGGCUUUUCCUGGUUAUUUCAGUUGCAGGAAGCCAAGAAAUUAUUUUGGUCUGUCAGUUUUCCUACAUUUAUUUGACUAGAUAAUGAUGCAGUAUAAAAUUACAAGGGUUGUACAAGCUUGUGAGGGGAAAAACAAUGAAGAUAGAGUUUAAUCCGAGGAGGUGUUUUUGGGUAAUGCUGCACUCCAAGAGUGUCAGAACCUUUCCAGCAUGCUCUGAAGAUUUUCCUGAAUAACAGAAUCUACAAUUUCUGUAUUUUAAUAAUUCGCCCAAUUGCCAAGAAUUAAUUAAUUAAUAUUCUCUACAAUCAUUGUUAAAUAAAUGAUUGAUUGUGGUUAAAUAAAAGUACUGUAAAAGAGAUUUCCAUCUGACUUAUUAUGAGCAUGCUGAAGCUUGUUUUACAGUUCACAUUCACACUCUGUUUCUAAUUUUGACCAGUUAUUUUGUGACUUUGUCUUUCCUGACCAAGCUAAUAAAAAUGUGUCAAUAACAGUUUUCCCUGAUAGUUCAGUGAAGCAACCAGUUUUCCAAAUCAUCAGUGCCUUUCAAAAUAUGUAUAGUGUGCAUAUUGUGUACAAGAUAUGUGUUGGUUUAUCUGCAUUUAUUUGGAUCAUUUUUGACAAGCUACAUCCUAAUGUUAUAGUAUUUUUUGUCAAUGUUGGAAGUUUGUAUAAUUGACA